AUGUCUGCAGAAGAAGCCACGGCGACGCCGCUGAGGGUGGCAGAAGCUCCUUCCGGAAAAAAGAAAGGCGAUGGUGGCGCCGGCGGAGGACGCGGCGGUGUCAGGAAACAGUACAUCGCUGCCAUAGCCGCCAACCUCUCGGCGGUGGCUGCCGGCGCCGUGCUGGGCUGGUCGUCGCCGGCGCUGGUGCGCAUGCCGCUGAACGCGGAGCAGCAGUCGUGGGCCGGCUCUCUGGUGGCGGUGGGGGCGACGCUGGGCCCGUGGGCCGGCGGCUGGGCGACGGGCCGCGUGGGGCGGCGCGGAGCGCUGCUGUGGGGGGCGCUGCCCUACCUGCUGGGCUGGGCGCUGCUGAUGGGCGGCCUCGCCUCCUUCUGGCUGCUGCUCGCCGCCAGGGUGCUGCUCGGCGUCGCCGUCGGUGUCACCUUCACCGCGCUGCCCAUGUACGUCGCAGAGAUAGCAGAGGCGUCGGUGCGCGGCGCGCUGGGGUCGCUGCUGCAGCUGGAGGUAUCGGUGGGCAUGCUGCUCAUCUACGUGGUGGGUCCCUACGUGACGUACCACGCGCUGGCCGCGGUCUGCGUCGCCGUGCCCGCCGUCUUCGCCGCCGUCUUCUUCACCCGACCCGAGUCGCCCUACUUCUUCCUCUACCAGGGCAACGACGAGGCCGCCGAGCGGGCGCUGCGGGCCGUCCGCGGAGACGACGAGGACAUAUCCGCCGAGUUCAGCGACAUGCAGGAGGCAGUGGAAGACGCGAAGAAGAACGAGGCGUCGUUCCGCGACCUGGUGUCGACGCGGGGCAACGUGCGCGCCCUCUACCUGACGCUGGGGCUGAUGACGUUCCAGCAGCUGUCCGGCAUCAACGCGAUGCUGUUCUUCGGCGAGGCCAUCUUCAAGAUGACGGGCAGCAGCAUCGACAGCAGCGUCUCGCUCAUCAUCGUCGGCAUCGUAAUGCUGGCCGCGUCGUGCACCACGCCGCUGCUCGCCGACCGCCUCGGCCGCAGGAUCAUGCUCAUCGCCUCCGCCAUCGGCAUGUGCAUCUCACAGGUUGUCCUGGCAAUAUAUUUCCAAAUGGCUUCAUCAGGAAAAGAUGUCUCAUCGCUGGGCUGGCUUCCUGUAACGACAUUCGUCAUGUACAUUGCCGUCUACCCACCUGGCUUCGGCGCGCUGCCGUGGGCCGUGAUGAGCGAGCUGUUCCCGGCCAACGUGAAGAGCGUGGCGUCGUCGCUGUCGGCGUCGGUGUGCUGGUUCCAGUGCUUCCUCAUCACCAAGUUCUUCGCGGACCUGGUGGCCGCUGUCGGAGAGGCGGCGCCCUUCUUCGGCUUCGGCGCCUGCUGCGUUGCGGCCGCCCUCUUCGUCUACUUCCUGCUGCCCGAAACCAAGGGCCGCACCCUCGAGGAGAUACAGGACAUCCUCAACUCGCGGUAG